CCCCGCUCCCUGCGCGCCGAGGUACAAGGCGAGCGGCGCCCGCUGCUUCCCCGGAGCCGGCGCUGGGUAAGGAGACGCUGCCUGGGGUUGGUGGGUAGGGCGGAAGGUGGGUCGCCCUGGGCGCGCUUCGUGCGUCCUGGCCAGGAGGGAUGGCGGGCGAUGGCCUCGGCCUCCGCUCUGGCCCGAAGCGCACAGGGCUCUCCUCUCCAACCGGACCCUCAAGGCGCAGCCCGGCGCGUAAUGGCGCCACGGAGCGGCCGGGAGCGUCGGACGCCUCCGCUGCUCCUGCCCGUUGCCGGGGCCUGGGGGGAGAAGCGCGGGAAGGAGCCCACGCGCCGCGGCAGGCGGUGGGGUGGGAUUCGCUUCUCCCCGUCGGGGGGCUUUGGAAGGGGUUUGGCAGACUCGGGAUCCGUUUGUUAGGAGAAUGAUAACACGCUGAAUGGCAGAACCGCGAGUGGGCAAGAGCGUCGUUGCGCAGAGGGGGCCCCCAUGGAGAACAGGGUGAUGGAUUUGGUGGGCCUUUGGCCUGAUCCAGCCCGGUUCUUCUUACAGUCUGGAGGUAGUUCUUAUUCAAUUCUACCCCCACCCCAAAAAAGGAAUCUGUGCCGCAGGAACUGGCUUAGUCUCUGGAGGCAACCAAUUUGGGUCAGGCCUAAAGAGUUUGGGGUACAGCUCCAUUUUUCCAGCGCUGCAUUCCUUUCCUUAGGGAUGUUAUCUCAGGACACACUGCUUAACUCUUUUGAGGUCACCCGUCGGAAGCUGCCUUGGGCAUGUCUGCACUAAAGCAGUCUCAUCGGUGCCAGGUUACCAGAUCGGCAGGGUAGGCACCAAACUAUGGUCCCCAGGCCAUUUAGGGGCCCCACGACAACGGAUCUAAAUAAUAUUGAUUUGAUCUUGAAAGAAAAUUACGGUCAAUUAUUAGGAGAUAAUUUGCAUGGGGCCCCCAGAGAUUUGAACUGCCUAGGAGCCUCCACAGGGUUUAAUAUGGCACUUGAGUACACAUCUGUUCAAAAUGUGGCCCUCUUGGUUUUUUUUUUUUUUUUCUAAUCUGGGCCUCAGAACUACCCCCACCCAAAUGCUUUUGCCUGACUGCACUGUGUCCUUGCACUCCAACAAUCAUAGAGUCAACAAUCAAGGGACCCAAGGGUCAUCUAGUCCAACCCCCUGCAAUGCCAAGAAUCUCAGCUAAAGCAUCCAUGACAGAUGGCCACCCAACCUCUGCUUGAAAACCUCCAAGGAAGGAGGGUCCACAACCUCCUGAGAGAGUCAGUUCCCCUGUCGAACGGCGCUUACUGUCAGAAUCCUGGCAAGUGUAGUUUGUUCCCUGCUGCUGAGAGUUGUUAGGAGACUCUUGUUCCUGGAAAGGGCAGUUUGGCACUGCAGAUGCAGGAAAAACAACAUGGGAGGCAGCAGGCGCUGUGAUUCUCCAGCGGUUUGACCCAACCCCCAGAGGCACAGUCCAACAACAACAACAACAAAAAUCCCCUCGCGGAGCCUCAAUUCUUCCCCGGGAAGAAGGAUUGAUUCUUAAACCAUUCUGGGAAUCUUAGCCCCGUGAGGGAACAGGGGUCUCUUAACACCUCUCGGCACCUUUAACAAACUACAGUUCCCACGGUUUCCUCGUUGGGAGCCACAUCUGUUUAAAGAAUUUUCUUCUUUAAAUGUAAGACGGAGCCAAACUCUUCACUGUAGAUGCUGGGAACUGAAACAGGGACUUUAACGAUCUUGUUCCCUCCCCUUAAUGCACAGAAACAAAACAAUGGUUCCUUCCACCCUGCCCCCAGAAUUAAAUAAUCAGCAGUCAAAAUAUUGGGUGUGAACUGUCCGUAUUUGAUUUUCUUUAACCAGCAAGAUACAUAUGUUACAUCAAAAAUGUAACAGAGCAGUUCACAUAAUAGCAUAGAAUACUGGUUUUAAAGAAUAGUGAUAAAUACAGGCUUAAAAAACAGCAAAAAAAGAUACUAUUUAAAUAUAGUUAACAUCUCUCUGUGUUAAAGCAGCGGUUGAGAGCAAAUCAAGUUUCCAGUGCAAUUACUCUGUGAGAUCUUCUGCAGGUUUACAGUGAUCGAGUUGGCAGACAUAGUUUCCUCUUCAGAGCACAUCAUGGCUGUUAAAAGUACACAGGAGAAGACUUGAAGGCCCAAUAUUAGCUAUCUGUUGACUUACGUUUGGACGGGGCGUGUGUUUCUGCUUAUACAAACAGGCUUCACCCACCAUGGACUUCAAGCUUCUAAUGGGAGGCGAUUGAUUCUGAGGUGCCGGAACCGCAGAGCGUUGCUUCCUGUGAGGAUGAACCUGACGGGCUGGGCUGAGGCGAAGUGGACAGACCGCUCCAAUUCCUCUGCACAGCCGCCACCGCCACACCCUCGGGGCAGCAAUGACACCUUUUCCUUCCAAGGAGACCUCCAAGACAUCAUCCACACAGCCACCUUGGUGACGUGCACCUUCCUGUUGGCCGUCAUCUUCUGCCUGGGCUCCUACGGCAACCUCAUCGUCUUCCUGUCCUUCUUCGACCCGGCCUUCCGGAAGUUCCGCACCAACUUUGACUUCAUGAUCCUCAACCUGUCCUUCUGCGACCUCUUCAUCUGCGGAGUGACCGCCCCCAUGUUCACCUUCGCCCUGUUCCUGGACUCGGCGGCGGGCAUCCCUGACGCUUUCUGCUUCACCUUCCACCUCACCAGCUCCGGUUUCAUCAUCAUGUCCCUCAAGACAGUGGCCGUCAUCGCCCUUCACCGGCUCCGCAUGGUCUUGGGCAAGCAGCCCAACCGGACGGCCUCUUUCCCUUGCACCCUUUUGCUCACCUUGGCCUUGUGGUCCAUGAGCUUCACCCUCGCGACGCUGGCCACCAUGAGGACCCAGAAAUCCCGCCUCUGCCUCCCCAUCUCCAGCCUGGUCAUUGGCGAGGGGAAGGUGGUCCCUUACCUGUACGUCAUCGACUUCAUCUGCUGCGUGGCGGUGGUGUCCGUCUCCUACAUCCUGAUAGCCCAGGCCUUGAGGAAGAACGCCCAGGUGCGCAAAUGUCCCCCCAUCAUCACAGUCGAUGCAUCCAGGCCUCCGCCGUUGAUCGGACCCCUUGCUGCUGGGUGCGCUGACGGCGUGCAGUGCGCCGUGCCCGCUCUCUACAGAAACCAAAACUACAACAAGCUGCAGCACAUCCAAACCCACGCGUACACAAAGAACCUCAGCCAGCUGCCCGCAACUGCGGCCAGCAAGUUCCAGCUGGUGUCGACCGUGAACUUGUCGACAGCCAAGGACUCGAAGGCCGUGGUGACGUGUGUCGUCAUUGUCCUCUCGGUGUUAGUCUGCUGUCUGCCUCUCGGCAUCUCCCUGGUGCAGGACGUUCUGUCCCGGAACAGCGGCUUCAUCCUCUACCAGUUCGAACUGUGUGGGUUCACCCUCAUCUUCUUCAAGUCCGGGCUGAACCCUUUCAUAUAUUCCCGGAACAGCGCAGGGCUGAGGAGGAGAGUCCUUUGGUGCCUCCAGUACUUCGCCCUCGUCUUCUUCUGCUGCAAGCAGAAGACGCGGCUCCGCGCCGUGGGCAAAGGGAGCCUGGAGGCCAACCGCAACAAGUCGUCCCACCACGAGACCAACUCCGCUUACAUGCUGUCUCCGAAGCCUCAGAAGAAGUUUGUGGACCAGGCCUGCGGCCCAAGUCACUCCAAGGAGAGCAUGCUGAGCCCAAAGGCUUCCGCCGGCCGCCAGCAUUAUGGGGCCCAGAGUAGCUCUACCCCUAUGAACACUCGCAUCGAACCUUAUUACAGCAUCUAUAACAGCUGCCCUUCCCAGGAGGUGAGCACUCCCAACAGCCUGCAGCCCACAAACUCUCCCUUUGGAUUCGCCAACUCCUACAUUGCCAUGCACUAUCACGCGAUGACGGACGUAGUGAGGGAUUUCGACAGUACUUCUGCUAAGCAGAUACCGGUUCCCUCGGUGUAG